AAACACAACGCAAGGUCCAAAAAUCGAAUAAUAAUCAGCCAUCCCACACUUUGUGUAGAAUCUCUCACCCCCGACAGACCAACUUUGUUAAACAUCUACAAAAUAAGGUUUGUAAAUUGUGUGAAGUAUGAAAGAACACGAGGAUGGGGUGUUGCCUAUAGCUGUUGAAAAGUCUAAAUCUAGUGUUAUUGUUGAUCAAGUUGUGACUGAAACCGUGGGGGUUUUGGAUGUGAUGGUGGAUGUUAUCGGUUGUGAUGAUGUGGUGGAUGAUCAUGGGUGUGUACCGGGUAAUUUGGGAAAUGAUUCUGAGAGUAAGGGGAUGAAAAAAACGGAGGCUCGUGAUAUGGUAACGAAAGAAGAUGUGGGUUUGGGUGAAAUUAAGGUUCUAGGUUUUGAAAAAGAUAAAGGGAUUGUUGGCGGUGAUGUUGGCGUGAUGAAUGGUAAGGAGUUGAUUGAAAGAGGGUUGAAGAUUUCAGCAUUACCAAGCACAAUGGAUGCUGGUUCCGAGAAUGUUGAUGUGGUCAACGAGAAAAUUGGUAAAGGUAAUGAAGGGUUAGAUUCAUCAAAGAUUUCAGAACCCUCGGCCACAAUGGAUCCUGGUUCUGAGGACGUUGAUGUAGUCGUUGUAGACAAUGGUAUAGCCAGCAUAGAUGAAGCUCAACGUGAUGUUCUUGUGGAUCCAACUUUGGUUGGUCCUGAUAAUGCUACUUUAUUGACUGAGGUGGUUAGUUCAGCAACAGGUGAUGGUGACUUCAAUGUACGCACUGAAAAUCUGGAUGAGCGAGUUGAAGUUGACACAUUGAGCAAAAGUGGAAUUCUUCAUCCAAAAAGUGAAAUUAUAACAGAGGAAUCUCAAAAUAUCAAAAGUGAAGUUGAGUCAAAUAACUCUAAUCUGGCUGUUGAAUCUUCAACAGGAGAGCCUCAAAUGGUAGCCAAAGAGGAAACAGAAAAGGGUUUGAUUAAAGACGGGGAGAUUAUGGAAAAAUCGACUGAAUAUGUUCAACAAGUAGCUUAUGGAAAGGGCGUUUUAAAUCAGAAAACUGGAAAAGGAGAUGAGGCUUUAGAUUCGUCUGAGGUUCCAGAAUCGUUGAAAACAGUUAAUCUUGGUCAAGAGGAAGUCAACGGGGAAACAUUUAAUGCAGAUGUGGUCCAACAUCCAGAAUUUUUAUAUGAAGAUCCUGACAUGGAGAAAGGAGAUGAUGUAGGGGUGGACAUUGAUGAAGUAUUGGGUUGGAAUGAUGAAAUUCCAAGGGUUACUGUAAUAGGUGGUGCCCUUGGAAAAGAACAAGACCUCAAGAGUAAUGCACAAUCAGAAGUUGAUGUGGAACAGGUACUUCCUGAACCUUCUACUGAACCAGUUCUAACUGGACAUGAAGAGGAAAACCUCGAGUCUCGAGAACCAAUAGUGUAUGGGCGUCGUGCGAAUGUGGAGGUUCCAGUAUACGAGGGAAUGGAUGGGAUUAUACCACCUAUCUUGGGAGAUGAAAAUUUAGAGAUCGAGACCGAUUCAGAUGAAGAUGGGGAACCGGUGCAAGAAGAAGAGCAGAAGGUUACCGAGCCUUCUCUUAAUGUAAGCUCUUUUUCAUUCCAUCAAUCACGUUAUUUCCAGCCACCUAAAAACGAAGGUGAGUUUUGUGUUUCUGAUUUGGUGUGGGGUAAAGUAAGGAGCCAUCCAUGGUGGCCCGGGCAGAUAGUUGAUCCUUCUGGUGCAUCUCAGAAGGCCAUGAAGUAUCAUAAAAAAAAUUGCUUCUUGGUAGCUUAUUUUGGAGAUCAUAGUUUUGCUUGGAAUGAUUCAGCCGUCCUAAAGCCAUUUCGGGCUAACUUUUCUCAAAUAGAGAAGCAAACCAAUUUAGAAUCGUUUAAAAAUGCAGUCGAAUGUGCUUUGGAAGAGGUCACCAGACGAGUAGAGUUAGGGCUUGCAUGCUCCUGUGUGCCUCAGGACAUCUAUAAGAAGAUUCAAUGUCAAAUCAUUGAAAAUGGAGGAGUUAGAAAAAAAGCAGCUGUAAGACAUGGUUCAGAUGAAUCUGCCAGUGUGAGUUCUUUUGAGCCCCAUAAACUAGUGGACUAUGUGAGAUCACUGGCGCAGUUCCCACAUGAAGGUGAUAAAUUGGAUCUUGCAAUCGCUAAGGCUCAGUUAUCAUCAUAUGGUCGUUAUAAGGGGUAUCAGGAGCCUUCUGAAUUUCGGGUUUAUGAAGAUAUGUUAGAAGAUGCUCCACGUGAAGCAGGUGAACAAGUUAAAAGCAAUGCUGAUAAAUUUCAGAACAUUCUGAUUGAAACUGCAUACCCAAAUAAGGACUUAAGUUUAUCAGAUGUAACAGAUGAGGCACCAGAAUCUGGACAUGGCGACAAUGACACCAGUAAACCAGUUUCUUCAUCUAACUACAAAAAGCGGAAGGCUCGUGAUAUCAUCUCUAAUGGUUCUGUGAAAAGACCAAAUCGCCGUCCUGAUAAAGUAUCCACUGCUCCAAUUUCAACUCCAAAACCAUCAUUCAAAAUUGGUGAAAUGAUUCAAAGAGUAGCAAUCCAGCUGACAGGACCACCAUUGAAGGCGUAUCAAGAUGUUCAAGAUGCUGACCAAUUAGUCGGGUCUGAUGUUUCUUUGCAGACUUUUGAAAUCCCUCAAAAAGAAGCAUCUAUAGCUGAGAUGCUAUUGCAGCUGCACGUAACUGCUCAAGAUCCUAUGAAGGAACACACCUUUUUGCAUACCAUAAUCCCCUUUUUUUAUGAUCGUAGAUCAGCUGUUUUUAGCAAGUCUCUAAAGAAAGUCUCAACCAGUCAAAGUCCACUCACUGGUAGAAAAAGAAAAGCAUCCACAGAAAAGGAUCCCGAAGAAGUUGAAGCCAGUGGUAGUGAAAGGAAAGCAUCCAUCGAGAAUGAUGAACUUGAAGUCGGUGGUAGUAAAGCAAAAGAAUCCAGUGCGAAUGAUCCUGAAGAAUAUGAAUUUGUUUUUGAUGAUAUUAAUGAUUCUUAUUGGACAGACAGGAUCAUCCAAAACCCUUCUGAAGACCAGUCAUUGCAAGAUCAUCAAAAUGGAGGUUUAGAGUAUCAGGUUGUGGCAUAUGAACUAGAUAAACCAGCAAAAAAGAGUCGAGGGUCAAAUAAAAAAUGUGUUAGUAGUAUUCAGGAAACUGUAAAAGUGAAGGAAGAACGGGAAGCUGAAAAAAGGAGGCGGGAAAAUUUGGCUACAGAGAUUGUAUUGAAGUUUGCAGAGGGUAUUUAUUUUCCUUCAGAAAAUAAUUUAAAUAAAAUGUUUAGACGAUUUGGGCCAUUGAUGGAAUCAGAGACGGAAGUUGAUAAGGAGGGCGGCCGUGCAAGAGUGGUGUUCAAAAAAUGUUGUGAUGCAGAAAUAGCUCAUAGUAGUGCUGAAAAAUUCAACAUUUUUGGAUCGAUUGAUGUAAAUUAUGAGCUCAACUAUACCCCGUUAGUCUCAUAUAAACCUUUGCCCCUUCCAUUAUUACAAGACCCAAUGGAUGCAAGCUAAAUGUCAUUGCUCUUGAAGCUUUUCUUGUUAGACAUUUGGUAAGAUAUGGUUUCUCUUUCACUAGAUAUCUAACUAUUGUUGUAAAUUUUUUCUGAAUGUUCAAAUUUGCUUGAUGUUAGCUUUUUAGCCACUUUUUUGAAAGUGUACUUAGUCAUUUGCAAUUGGUUCAUUUGAAAUUAUACUUA